GUGGCUGUCGUCGCAACAGGCUGUUUUAUAUAAAACAUAGAAUAUAACCCAGAGAUUUAUUAUUCAAAAGGAAUUGAAUUCGAACAAGCUGGAUAACGGGAAUGGGGAACAAAAUUGUAACCUUUACGGAACAGCAAUUAGAAGAUUAUCAGGACUGUACAUUUUUUACAAGGAAGGAAAUAUUAAGAGUUUUCAAGCGAUUUCGAGAGGUGAACCCGGAUUUAGUCCCAAAGCGGAUGACGGAAAAUCAAGCUCACACUAUAGUGGUGCCUGUUGAAGAAAUAGAAAAACUUCCUGAAUUAAAGGAGAAUCCAUUCAAGCGUCGCAUCUGCCAAGUAUUCUCGCACGACGGCUCCGGCAACCUUACGUUUGAGGACUUCCUCGACAUGAUGUCCGUCUUUAGUGAAGCGGCGCCGAGGGAUAUUAAAGCCUGGUACGCAUUUCGUAUCUACGAUCUGGACGACGACAUGUACAUCGGGCGCGAGGAUCUGCUGGAAGCUACACGGUUGUUAACCAAGGGCGAGUUGCACCCACAGGAAAGAGACGAGAUCGUUGCCAGCGUCCUGGAUGAAGCUGACGUCGACGGAGACGGGAGAUUGUCUUUUAUGGACUUCGAGCAUGUUGUUGUACGCGCACCUGACUUCUUAUCCACAUUUCAUAUUAGAGUUUAAUUAUAUUGAUAGAAUAAGUUAGGUGAUUGAACAACAAUUGACUACAUUUAUGACAGCAUUAGCUGCUUAUAGGACUGGUGGUCUUUAGACAAUGCACCAGUAAAAGUUGAAAUUAUUAUAAAA